CGGUUCGAUUUCUUUAUACCCUUCUUCUCAGAGGUCACCGCCGCAGUUUAACCUAGAGAAUCCCCUUUCUCUCUCCUCUCUCUUCUCUCUCUCUCAUCGCCGUGAGACGCCGUCGAUAAUUCGGAUUCCUGGAUGGCGUAUCAACCUAAAGAUCCGAAUCAAAGCAACGAUGAAAGCAGCUCAAAUCGCCGACUUUACAACCCGUACCAGGAUUUGCACCUCCCGGCGAAGACCCUGUACAAUCUCCCCACCUCGCCGGAGUUUCUCUUCCAGGAGGAAGCCGUCGCGCAGCGCCGCUCGUGGGGGGAGAAUCUGACCUACUACACCGGCAUCGGCUACCUCGCGGGGGCGACGGCCGGCGCCGCCAAGGGUUUCGGAUCCGGAGUCAAAGCCAUCGAGCGAACCGACACCACGAAGCUCAAAAUCAACAGGAUCCUGAACGGCUCCGGCCACGCCGGCCGGCAGAUCGGAAACCGGUGCGGCGUCAUCGGGCUGAUGUACGCCGGACUCGAGAGCGGCAUGGUCGCGUUCAGGGAAACGGAUGACGUCAUCAACAGCGUCGUGGCGGGGCUGGCCACCGGAGCGCUCUACAAGGCGGCGGCGGGGCCGAGGUCCGCCGCCGUGGCCGGAGCGAUCGGAGGCGUGCUUGUGGGACUCGCCGUCACCGGAAAACAAGCUCUGAAACGAUACGUUCCGAUUUGAGCAGUUAAAUUUCUUUCUUCAAUCCCUUCAAUCAAAUGCUAUAUUAUAUGUUUUAAGAAUCAAUUUUUGAUAAUCAUGGAGCUAUUAAAAUUUGGCACUGGAAUUUCAAAUUUGUAGUUUGCAGGUAAUGGAAGGAUCAUACUCCUCAUUGAUGAUAGUAUAUAUAAUAUAUAAUACUAGUAGUCUAGUAUCAGUAAUUCUUGAAUGGUUUAUGAUUGUAAUUUAUGUAGCUGAUUGAGACAUGGCUUCUUGAAUAAAAUCCAGGAAAAACAUUGCUAGCCCUUGAUUUCUCGAUUGUUCGAUUGAGAAAUAAGUUAUUAUAUUUUGUUUUCGAUUGUCGUA